GGGAAAUAUCUUAUAAAGCUUCAUGCACCCUGCCACAAAAACCAGUCCAAAGAACCAAGUAUCCUGCACCAUCAAAAUCGCUUUCCCUUCUUUACUCUACGACAUGGCAUCCAGCGAUACUGCUAGCAAUUCUCCGGGCUGGACAACCGUCGACCCGCAUGAAUUCCGCGAGAGUUCAGAAGAUCAAUGGACUCACGAGGCUCCCCCUCUCAUCGCCAUCGUCGGAAUGGCUGCACGGCUGCCUGGUGGCAUUUCAUCCCCCGAAGACUUUUGGCAAUUUAUGAUUGACAAGAGAUGCGCAUCCGCUCCAGUUCCUGCGGGGAGAUACAACGUGGACGCCUUCCACGGGACUCCUGGCGUGGAUACACAAUCGGUAAUUGCCAAGCACGGCUUUUUUCUUGACGGCGACUAUCUGGGAAAAGUUGAUACUUCCUUUUUCCAUAACAAUCGAUACGAGCAUGGGUUUGUAGACCCCCAACAGACUAUUCUAUCGGAAGUGGUUUGGGAGUGCAUGGAGAGCGGCGGACAAGUCAAUUGGCAAGGCAAGGAAAUUGGAUGUUUUGUAGGCACCUUUGGGGAGGACUGGCUAGAUCUCACAGCGAAGGACACCCAAAACCUGAACCCGCUCCACGUCGUAGGAACUGGGGACUAUGCGGUAUCCAACAGAGUAUCAUUCGAAUACGACCUCAAGGGCCCGUGCAUGACUUGUCGAACUGCUUGCUCAUCCUCGCUUGUGGCUCUCCACGAGGCAUGUCAGGCAAUUGCUCUCGGCGACUGCCCUUCAGCGAUAGUUGGAGGUUCCAGCCUGAUAUACACUCCCACAAUGACGACCAAUAUGUCACAGGCCGGGGCAUUGUCUCCUGAUGGGAUCUGUAAAACAUUCGAUGCGGAAGCCAACGGUUACGCCAGAGCGGAGGGAGUAUGCGCCUUGUAUAUAAAGAAGCUAGACGAUGCCAUCCGUGACAAAGAUCCAGUCCGUGGCGUCAUACGAGCGGUUGCGACAUAUUUUGAUGGCCGAACAAACCACAUCACGGUCCCAUCAUCGGCCGGACAAGAGGCGCUGAUCCGGAAGGCCUACCGAAAGGCCCAUCUCGAAAAUCUUGCAGAGACCGCAUUUGUUGAAUGUCACGGCACGGCCACCCGGGUGGGGGAUGUCGUUGAAACCACUGCCGUGGCCGAUGCCUUCGGACGCCAUCCCAUGAUUAUCGGAGGGGUGAAAUCGAACAUUGGUCACACCGAGGGCGCAGCGGGUCUCGCAGGCCUGAUUAAAGCAGUGCUUGCUCUGGAGCACAGACAAAUUCCUCCCAACGUCAACUUUUCGACACCAAAUCCAAACAUUCUGUUUGACGAAGCAGGUUUGACGGUACCUGUUGAUGUUCUCCCCUGGCCAGCCGACCGCAAAGAACGAGUCAGUGUCAACUGCUUCGGGGUUGGUGGUACCAAUGCCCAUGUCAUUGUGGAUUCAGCCGCAUCGAUGAUGCCCCCAAAGGCAAUAGCGGCAUUGGGGACGAACAACAAUAGUCUGCGACUCUUGCCAUUGUCAGCUAGUGGCCCUAAGUCCCUUGAUCAGCGGGCGAUGGACAUAAAAGAAUACAUUUCCCGUCAUCAUGAGGCAGUGCCCGAUCUGGCUUAUACCCUCUAUGCAAAGCGAGAGCAUCUUCGUCACAGGGCAUUCGCAGUUACCGGUGGAGAAGUUCCACUUGAUUCUAUUGAAUUCACCAAAGCCGACAAUACAAAGAAUGGAUCAAAAAUCGUGACAUUUGUUUUCCCUGGCCAGGGAGCUCAGUGGGCAGGAAUGGGUGCGGAGUUGAUGAAAAACUUUACGUCCUUCAGGAAGGACGUAGAAUACAUGGACCGGGUACUGCAGAGUCUGCCCAACGCACCCACGUGGAGGAUGCACGAGGAGUUGGUUAAAAUAGACCCCGAGAGUGACAUUAACCGACCCGAUAUAGCACAGCCUCUGUGCACUGCGGUUCAAAUCAGUUUGGUAAAUCUUCUCAAAUCAUGGGGAAUCACCCCAGACAAAGUCAUAGGUCAUUCCAGUGGAGAGUUCGCAGCGGCCUAUGCAGCCAACGCCUUGUCCAUGGCCACGGCAAUCAUAUUGGCCUAUACUCGCGGGUUAAUUGCCAAUAUGGCUCCCGAGGGAGGCAUGUUCGCAGUGGCGGUUGGCAGAGACAGUAUCAGUCAAUAUCUGGGCGACGCAGUGGAAUUGGCAUGCGAAAAUAGCCCGAACAGCGUCACCCUUGCUGGGAGCCGUGAUCAGCUGGAAUGUGUAGCAACUCGAAUCCAAAAUGAACAGCCGGACACUCUUACGAAAAUGCUACCGGUUGAGCGGGCGUAUCACUCCGGAUUUAUGGCUUCCGUGGGUGCCGAGUACGAAGAGCUCUCAAGGCAUCACCUAGUCAGCCAUCCCGAGGAAAUGACCCCAAUGUACUCAACGGUAACUGGAACAGUAAUCACACAGCCUACCACAUCCACGCAGAGCAAACACCAGGUCGUGAUAGAGAUAGGGUCUAACUCAGCACUCCGGGGGCCAAUCCAGCAAAUACUCCGCUCAGUCAGCAUGAGCUUUACAUACUGUGCGACAAUGAGAAGCAACGAAAGUAACCUGUCUCGCAUCCUCUCUGUCGCUGGAACAGCUUAUGUCAACCACCUACCUGUUGAUCUUCUCGCUGUCAAUGGUGGGUAUCAGGGCGAAAUACUCACUGACCUUCCUCCCUAUUCAUGGCAGCGCGAAGAAAUCCCCUGGGCGGAAACUCGCAUCAGUAAACAAUGGCGCCUGCGCCAAUUCCCCCGUCAUGAGCUUCUCGGAGCGCCAUGCCUGGAAUCCAAUGACUUCGAGCCUGCAUGGCGAAAUAUCCUGAAGGGUGAGGAGGUUCCCUGGAUUAACCACCAUCGCAUGAUGGGCCUUGUCGUAUUUCCAGCCGUUGGAUACGUGGCAUUGGCAUCGGAAGCCAUACGCCAAAUAACUGGCCAAACUACCUGCACAAUAGAGCAGGUUCUGCUCAUGGAAGCCCUCGUUCGAGAUGAGGAUGAAAUUGAAAUAAUGACAACGCUACGAAAGAUGACAUUGAAUGCUACUAUGGACUCGGACUGGUAUGAGUUCACGGUAUGUUCUUACAAUGGUCAAGGAUGGACUAAGCAUUGCUCUGGGAAGGUGAGAGGAAGCACAGACCAGCCCCUUCCGUCUAACAAGAUUUCAGAGCCAUUCACCAGACAUAUUUCAUCGUACCAAUGGUACCGCAGAUGCGAGAAAAAAGGCCUUGAAUAUGGGUCCCGGUUCGAAGGACUGCAAGGUAUUACUGCAAGUCCACUAACGAAUGCAGCUCGUGGGCGGUUGGAGGAUGACCGCGAACUCCAUGACAGCUAUUACGCAAUACACCCAACAAUUGUGGAUCAGUGUCUUCAAGUAAUGCUGGUUGCCAGUGACAAGGGGGCCUCGCACUAUCCUGACAAGGCGGGCAUGCCGUUGUAUAUCGACCGGGUGUACCUGGCCCCAGGAAGCAGCUCAAUGCUCGUCGAGGCGACGACGACUGAUUCAACAAAAGAAAGUUUAAGUGGAUACUACAAAGUAGUUUCUGAGUCAACGGGUGACAUCGUUCUGGAAAUGAAGGGACUGCGCUUAUUGCCUAUACCGGAAGCUGGCCAAGAAACGAAAGGAUCGUUCCUGCCGGCGGCCCAACAAGUACCAUCGCCCAUUGACAUAAGCCAACAGAAGACUCAAUCUCUGGCCAUAGCCGGAUUUCUCUUAAUAUUCGAGAUGAUAGAUGCUCUGGGAUCUCAGACUUCGCUACCCUCUCACUUGGAGAAUUACAGAAAACUCAGUAUGGACAUAGGCAGGAAAGUAUUCCAGGGAGAAUAUGACCAUAUUCCAGGUGUCAAGCAGAUUAAGAACAUGGAUAAGGAUCAACGCAAGGCCCUGUUCAAAUCCUUGCAGGGCCAAUAUCCCGAUGCUAGGGUUGAACGAUGCUAUAGCGACGCUUGGGCGUAUGCCAGUGAGCAUCCGGACCAGCUGAUAAGCGGAAGCAUCUUUCAAGACACCACGCUCUUAGAGACCAUCAGGGGGAUUGUUGAGUGGGGCCUUGAGCUUUACGACUGGAACAGAUUCCUUGGUCCUCUUGCCCACGCGAAUCCUCAUCUGCGCGUCUUGGAGGUUGGAGCUGGGGCUGGUUCGGCAACAGCCACAAUUCUGGAAAGCUUGACUACUGAUCACGGUGAUCGUCUCUUUAGUCAAUUUAUGGUAACCGACAGCGUACCUGGGCUGGUCAAGCAAUUGGAAGAGCGUUUUGAAAGUGUACCAAAAGUGGAGUACAAAACACUGGAUAUCUCAAAGAGUGUGACAGACCAGGGCUUCACAGAGAAUUGUUACGAUCUAGUGAUUGCGUGCAAUGUCCUAUGUGAGACACCUGUUCUUAGCGAGUCAUUGGCGCAGAUCCGCUCUCUACUUGUGCCUGGGGGGCGGUUGCUCUUGUACGAGCCCUGCUCCGAAAUCCCACAUGUUGAUGCCAUCAUGGGAAUUCUUCCAGGCUAUUGGUUGGGCAUGGGCGACUACCGGGGGGACAAGCCUCACGUUUCUGUGGAGCGCUGGGAAGAGGAAUUUUGCCGGGCAGGUUUUUCUGGGCUCGACGGUGUCCGUUACAAUGCACCGGCGCCACUCCACUGGCAGGCACUGAUGCUAACAACAAACCCCGUGAUCAAACCUCCACGCGAAUCUAUCAACCUGCUUUGCAGAUCAGAGACAAGGUCUCACUCUUGGAUACAGAGUCUGGCGGGUUGCCUGUCCUCCGACGGAUAUGACGUGUGUUGGUGCACUUUUGGAGAAGAGCUCCCCACUGAAGAUGUUAUCGCAUUACUCGAUUUUAAAAGCCCAUUCCUAGAUGACAUGUCCCAAUCUACCUACAAUACGAUUCAGGGCUGGAUGUCCUCAGUGAAGCGUCUCCUCUGGGUGACUCAUUCGAUGCAGAUGGAAUGCAAGGACCCUCGGUUUUGCCUCAUCCUGGGCCUCACGCGCACAUUGCGAUGUGAGUUGAAUGUUGAUAUUGGCACGUGUGAGAUUGACUCAUUUGACGAGACCGCAACUCCUAUGGUGAUUCAAGCGUACAAGCAGCUGGGUAAGCCAAUUCCGGGAAAGUCAGUCCGCGAUUUCGAGUUCAUACUACAUCGGGGCGCAGGCCAUACCGGUCGUGCAGCCCUCACCAAGGUCGUAGAUCACCUCCAUGCCACGGAAAAGCCAAAUUCGUAUCUGUUAGAUAUCCAAACUAUCGGAGAUUUGAGCUCUCUUGGAUGGAAACCCAUUCCUAGGGAAGAGGUCGGUCCACAAGACGUCGAAGUCAAGGCCAGUUAUUUGGCGCUCAACUUCAAAGACCUUAUGAUGUCUCUGGGUGUUGUGGAACGAACUAAGACAAUGGAUUUCUGCUUCGAGGGAAGCGGUUUUGUGACUCGCGUGGGAUCAGAGGUGACAACAUUCCGAGUCGGUGAUCCAGUCGUCGUUUUUGACCCGCAACCGACGAAGACCCUGGCAGUCUUUCCGGCUGAUCGGGUGAUCCCCGCUCCCAAGCGUCUCACGUUGGCAGAAGCUGCCGCCACUCCAAGUGCUUAUUUGACGGCUAUAUAUACACUGAUAGGUAUUGGAAAGCUGCAGAAGGAUCAGUCUGUCUUGAUUCAUUCCGCGUGUGGUGCAGUCGGACUGGCGGCAGUGCAUAUCUGCCAGAGCAUCGGCGCCGAGGUGUUUGCUUCGGUUGGUAGCGACGAAAAAGUCGAGUAUCUGAUGAAGACAUUUGGGAUUCCACGCUCGCACAUCUUCGAUUCACAUAGUGUUUCAUUUCUCUCUGGGAUCAUGCGGGAAACCAAUAGCAGGGGCGUCGAUCUGGUGCUCAAUUCGCUAGCUGGGGAGCUUCUGCGAGCGUCAUGGAAAUGUGUUGCUCAAUUCGGCAAAUUGAUCGAGAUUGGGAAAAAAGACAUCUUGGGUCAUGGCAUGCUUGACCUUAAUGGCUUUCAAGGGUGUCGUUCAUACUGUGGCUUCGACUUGUAUAGUGUGGCCUAUGACGAUGCUGCAACAGCGAGGUGGGCCCUUGAAACAGCUAUCAAGAAGUUAGAUGAAACAGCGCACAGACCUCUGCACACACUUUUCCAAGUGGACCAGGUUGAAGAAGCCAUGCGACAGAUGCAGAAGGGGCAGCACAUUGGAAAAUUCGUGCUUGAAAUGCCGGACGAUGAGAGCAAAUAUCAAUUACUUCCCGCACAGGCCCGGUUCAGUUUCUCGCCGACGUCCUCGUACCUGCUUGUUGGUGGCUUGAGAGGCAUUGGCCGGGCUGUCGUCCGAUGGAUGGUGGAGCAUGGAGCUCGCGACUUCGUAUUCCUUUCUCAAUCUGCCGGAUCCCGUGAAGAGGAUCAGUUGUUUGCUCAAGAGCUUGAAAGUCAAGGAUGCCGCGUGGUGAUGGUGGCCGGAAGUGUAACAGAUGCGGACACCGUUCAGCGCGCUAUUCAAAACAACGGACGUCUAAUCUCCGGUGUUAUUCAGAUGUCAGCUGUCCUGAAGGAUCAACUAUUCGACAAGAUGUCAUACGAAGAGUGGACCACAAGUCUAGCAACCAAGGUCCAAGGGACUUGGAACCUUCACAGUGCUCUUAAGAACCGAUCCCUAGAUUUCUUCAUUGUAUUCAGCUCCGCAGUCAGCAUAAUUGGAAACCCGGGACAGGCCAAUUACGCCGCUGCGAAUUCCUUCUUAGAUGGGUUUGUUCAGUAUCGUCGAGGACUAGGCCUACCUGCUUCGCUAGUCAGUCUUGGGCCAGUCGAUGAAAUGGGUCUUAUGUCACAACAGCCGGAGCUUCUGUCUAAAGCACGUCAAGCAUCCCACCACAUGAUGGGGGAAGGAGAUGUGCUGAAGGCAUUCCAGCUGGCUCUUCUCUCGGCAACAGAUGGUUUGUCCCCUACGCGUCCGGCAAUAGUGGUCUCUGGACUUUCUCCGGCCGUUAUGACGGGUGAUCCAUGGCUCCGACAGGAUGCGCGGUUUUCCACUCUUCCAACAGGGACCGUCGCAUCGACCACCGGGGAUAUUGACGACGAGCAAUUGCAGCGGCAACUUCUGUCAUUUCGAGACGACCCCACACCCCUAAUUGACGGCACAUGUGAGGCCUUAAUCAUCGAAAAACUCGGCGAGCAGAUCGCUACGCAUAAUGGGUUGACCGAGGAGAUGGGCCUAGACCAAUACGGUAGUCUUGAGGUAGAUUCCCUGAUGGGUUUGCAGAUUAAACAUUGGCUGCGCCGUAAGGUGGAGGUAGAGGUCCCGCUCGGGGACAUCAUCAAGGCGAGAACGGUUGGCAACAUCGCCAAGUUGGUUACAGAGACUCUUCGUACAAGAUAUGGGGCGAAGGAGGAAGAUGGCGCCACGGCUUAGGGAGCCCGCCGAAGAUGAAGUAUAUGUGAGACUCGGAUGAGAAUUUUCGUAUCAUAAUGAGUGUAAACAAAAAAGAGCAAACUGACUAAGUUCAUGAGGAUAGUGCAACUACUUAGCCCAUGAGCCCAUCUACACUCAGAAAUCUUGUAGUCUAGAGAAUAAUAAGUCAAUGCUAGGCCUGUC